CAGUUUGAAAGUAAGUAUAUAAGUGAGUCACAGGUGCCAGUAUCAUUUUGUCAGUUGCAAAACAAGAUGGUUACGAAAACGGUGAUAGUUCUUUGUACCAUCAUAUCCACGAUAUGUGCCAGACCCCAGGGAACAAAUAAUGAUCCUCGACUUCCAUAUAUAACCCGAUACGAUUUUGACAGUGAUCAUCGGGGCAAUUUCAUAUAUAACGUUGAUACGAGUGAUGGAACCCAUGUGGAUCAAGUUGGAGAAAUCCUGAAACCUGAUACACCUGAAGAAGAAAAUACAGUCUAUGGUCAUUACUCCUACGUUGGGCCGGACGGCGUUACCUAUAUCGUUGAAUAUAUAGCUGGGAAAAAUGGUUUUCAAGUGGCUGGUGAUCAUAUUCCAAUGUCUGCAGGAGUAGCAAGAGUUGGUCAAUUAGGAAUACCUUCUGCAGCACUCGCUUCCCUUGCCGGAGGUGGAUUGGGAUAGUGAUAUUGGAAUGAAACAUACCAUUUUCAACAGAGGAUGGAAUCAAGUCAUUGAGAACU